AUGCCAGCCACCAACCAGGGUUGGCCAGAAGAGUUUGGGUUUCAUCUCGGGGGCAAUGGGCCUAGCUACAUCCUGUCGGUGGAGGAGGGCAGCAGUGCGCACCUUGCUGGGCUGCAGCCGGGAGACCAGGUCCUGGAGAUCGAAGGGCAGGACGUGUCCACAUUGGGCACGCAGGCAGUCAUAGCCCUGGCACAGGCCCAGAAGAACGUCCCUCCCAGCAUUGGAGUGGUGUCCCGCAUACAGCAGAUAGAUAUUACGCCUGGCCCUGAUGGUCGCUUUGGUUUCACCAUCGUGGGAGACUGUCCUUUGCUAGUGGAGGACUGCUCGCCCAACUCUCCUGCUGGGCGCGGUGGUCUGCGGGCAGGAGACUACGUCAUGGAGGUGAAUGGGAUCCCCGUGCGGCAGCAUGAGACAGCGGCAGCCAUGAUCAAGGCUUCACAGGGUCGCACGCUGCGUCUCGGCGUGCUCUGCGUGGGCAAUCGACAGAGUCGCGCAGGCGGGAGCAUCAGAGAGUCCCAUCAGGGUGGCGACGCUGGCAUGCGGAUGGACCGGAAACACAAGGCCCUCGAGUUCAACAGGAAGAUUGAGCAGGUCCUAGGGGACGAGCCCGAGGUGCGGGACCGGCUGUUUGCGGUGCUGAAGCAGUACGCUGCCGAGCGGAAGGUAGAAUAUCUGGCCUCCAUCCUACCGGACAUCCUGACGACUGAGGAGCAACAGCAGCUCAUUGCCAACAUCAGGAUCUUCAUCCCCAAGAAGCACCGCCAGCGCUUUGAUGAGGUGGUGUCCCAGAGCCUGGCUAGUCGCCUGUACCGGAGGAAGAGCGUGAGCGACCCCAUCCAGAACCGUCUGCACCGCAGCCGCAGCGAAGACCCCCCUGAGCGGCUGCAGGUGUCCACGCGGGCCAGCUCUGUGCCCCGGUCCGGUGGGGAGGAGGACGCCUUCCCGACCAGAGGCCUGAGGAAGACUACGUCACUCAUCACCGGGAACCCUGCUGCAGGAUCUGGCCGCAGGACAGUACGUAUAUAUAGAGGUGGUACAAGUUUUGGAUUUACUCUACGUGGACAUGCACCUGUGUGGAUUGACUCAGUUAUUCCAGGUGGCCCAGCAGAAAAAUCUGGCCUUAAACCCGGAGACCGCAUCCUCUUUCUCAAUGGCCUGGACAUGAGGAACUGCUCCCAUGAGAAGGUAGUGUCCAUGCUGCAGGGCAGCGGUGCAAUGCCCACCUUGGUGGUGGAGGAUGGACCUCCUACCUUCAUGCUGUCAGAGCCCGAGCAGGAAGAGCCACCCCCCCGUUCCCGCUCCCGAUCCCGUUCGCCGGUGCUGAGUUCCCUGCAGUGGGUGGCAGAGAUCCUGCCGUCCAGCAUCCGUGUCCACGGCCGCACCUUCAGCCAGCAACUGGAGCACCUCCUUACCCUGCAGGAGCGCUACACCAUCUGCAAGGCCCUGGAAACCUUCUUUCAGCACAGGAAUGUGGACACACUCAUCGUGGAUGUGUUUCCUGUGCUGGACACCCCAGCCAAGCAAGUGAUCUGGAAAUUCAUCUUCCAGCUGUUGACUUACGAGGAGCAGGAGCACUGUCAGCAGAAGAUCUCUCGCUUCCUGGGGUACAAAAUGGCAGGUGCGGAGAUUGGGCCGGACGCCCACCGGCGCAGCAGCUCUGUGAAAGUAACUGGAACCACGUACAAAACCAGCGUGCGUGGAAGGAGCACCGAUGAUUCCGUCAUAGGCACUCACCUGGGAAUGGGACUGGGCAAAAUUACCCCCUCUUUUUCUUGGAGCGAGCACCGCCCACAGUUCAGGUACUACCAACAAGCCGUUCCGGGUAGUGCCGAAUCUAAUCCUUACGUCAGCCUGGACAGCCCCCUACCCUCACCCCAGGCCUCCGACUACCCGCCAAGCCCACCAUCCCGCCACAAAAAGCUCUUCACCUUCUCGCGACCACCUCGCAGCAAGGACACAGACAAGUUCCUGGACGCCCUGAGCGAGCAGCUCGGCCACCCUGUCACUACUGUGGAUGACUUCCUGUCAAUGGAAACCGACUAUGAAGAGAUGAGCUUCCAAGAUGAGCAAGAAGCAAGUUUCUUACCGCUUGAGCUGAGCAGUGUCAGCAACGAGCAUCAGAGCAGCAGCGAGGACGCCGUCUCCUUGACCUACUCCUCCAGUUCAGACCACAUCCCCCCACCUCCCCAGAGCCCUCCACCACCCCCACCCAUUCAGUUCAAUGACCCUCCUCUGCUCGUGGAUCUCAGCCCCGAGCGUUCGCCGAGACCUCAGGUGCCCUUCCAGCGCUACCCCAUCCCUCCCCCACCGCCUCCACCCCGCAUCCAACUGCCAGCCCGCCACUCUUCGUACAAAGUGGUUUCCAGCAGCGAGGACCUCCAGAGCUUUCAGGUGCAUCCCUCCCUCCCGCCUUACCUAUCGCCCCAACCCAGAUACCAAAGCGACCCCAGUCUGCAACAGGUGAAGCAGCCUUACCCAAGUCUGCAAAGCCGCCCGUCACCCGAGGCAUCCCCUCAGCCUACACGACUCAGUCAGCGCUCCCACCGCCUCAACCACCCACAGCCCCAGCCACACUACACCCACCAGACCCACACCCCAGGGUUUAACCAGCCUCGCGAGAGCCCCCGGCCACUCCACCGCCCUGACACGCUCGUGUCAAACAACCUCGGUCAAUCCAAGAUGCUUCAGCCACCACCCCCACCCCCGCCACCCCCUCCUCCUUGUGUACCGCCGCCAUUGCCACGGUCCCCCAGCUAUAACCCCGAUUCCAACCACAUGAGUGUGAAGCGACUCCGAUGGGAGCAGGUGGAGAACUCCGAAGGCACCAUCUGGGGACAGCUUGGGGAGGACUCUGACUAUGACAAACUGAGCGACAUGGUGAAGUACCUUGAUUUAGAGCUGCAUUUCGGAACACAGAGGAAACCCAUCUCUCUUCCAGAGCCCACCAUCCUCCCGGAGAGUUUUAAAAAGAAAGACGUGGUUGAAAUACUUUCACACAAAAAGGCCUACAAUGCCUCCAUCCUGAUCGCGCACCUGAAGCUGUCGCCAGCAGAGCUGCGCCAGGUGCUGAUGACCAUGAGCACGGACCGGCUAGAGCCGUCACACAUCAAGCAGCUGCUGCUUUACGCACCCGACGAGGACGAGGUGAAGCAGUACGAGCAGUACAGCCACGAUCCCAGCAAGCUGAGUGAGCCUGACCAGUUUGUCCUCCAGAUGCUGUCAGUCCCCGACUAUAAGAUGCGCUUGAGAAGUCUGCACUUUAAGACCACGCUGCAGGAGAAAACCGAGGAGUUGAAAGUUAGCUACGAGUACAUCCACAAGGCUUCCUUCGAGCUGAAGAACAGCAAAAGGCUGGCAAAGAUCCUGGAGUUUGUGCUGGCGAUGGGGAAUUAUCUGAACAAUGGUCAACCAAAGACUAACAAAACCACUGGAUUUAAAAUCAACUUUCUCACAGAGCUCAGUACUACCAAAACCGUUGAUGGGAAGUCAACUUUCCUACACAUUCUUGCCAAAUCAUUAAGCCAACACUUUCCAGAACUUCUGGGUUUUGCCAAGGACCUUACAACAGUACCACUGGCUGCCAAAGUCAAUCAGAAAUCCAUCACAGCAGACCUUCAUGACCUUCAGUCAACCAUACAAGAGAUCAGGAUUGCCUGCCAAAGAAUGCCGCCCACAGAUGAAGAUCGCUUUGCAAUCGUGAUGAGUAACUUUCUGGAAAACCGCCAUCCGACAGUGCAGUCUCUAGAGUCCCUGCAGCAGCGAGCCAUGGAUGAGUUUGCCAAAGUUGCUUCUUACUUUGGAGAAGACAGCAAGGCCACCACCACUGAAGCCUUCUUUGGCAUUUUUGCCGAAUUCAUUUCAAAGUUUGAGAGAGCUUUCCAUGAGACCCAACUCAUGGAAUACGCCAGGAGCCCAAGCAUGGCAUCUCCACUGGCUUGGUGAGAAGAUGCUGAAGGCAGUGCCAAGAAGACACACAACCCCUCCCCGACCACCACUGCACAGCACAGUUCCCCUGAAGACUGUCAGCUAACUACAAGUUUGAAGAGUAAUGACAGCGGCAGAAGUUCACAUACUUCACAUGUACAAUAAUGGUGGCAUUUGUUUAUAUGUAAGAUUUUAUACUCAUAUUUAACAGUAAAUUUGCAGGUGUAUAUUAUUAUAUAUAAAGCUGGAAACAUAAGAAACACAUAAUGGUCUUAACAUGUACAUCAUCCCUGUAUAGAACUGUUAAAAAGAUAUAUACACUACUGCCUAAAAGAGGUUUAGCUGAUCAGUAGCUAUUAGAGCAGAACACAUCACGGAACAUGAAAGUAAUGUUAUAUUUUUAUGUUUCAACAAAUCCACUCAAAAUCUGGAUUUGUAUUAAAUCCUAGAGAUUAUCGGAACAAUAAUCACAUCAAAUGAGAUUUUGAAAACAUUCUUUCACAGUGGUUACCGAUCAAGCUUUAACUUUAAGACGAA